AUGGCAGCGGAGCUCCCGCGGUCCUCAGCGGUGAGGCUGGCCUCCCUGCGUGACCUGCCCACCCAGCUCCUGGAGCUGUACCAGCAGGGCUUUUCUCUGGCGGCCUUGCACCCCUUCGUGCAGCCCACUUACCAGCAGGAGAAGACACCCCUCGAGCACAUCUUUAGGGCCAUCCUGAUCAAGAAAACCGACAGAUCUCAGAAAACUGAUCUUCACAAUGAAGGCUACAUCUUGGAAUUAGAUUGCUGUUCCUCCUUAGACCACCUGACAGACCAAAAAAUCAUCCCAGAGUUCAUCAAGAAGAUCCAGGAGGCCGCCAGCCGGGGCCUGAAAUUUGUCGGUGUUAUACCUCAGCACCGUUCCCCUGGGAACUCGGCAGGCGGCAGCCCUCGGGUGCCCACUGCCACCAGCGCUGAGGACGCCAGAGAUGCAAAACACGCACGUGGGGACCACGUGUCGUUGGAGAGCGAGAACCCAGGGGCCGCAGACGUGUGCAGUGCUCCUGUCGGGAGGGACCACAGCCCAGAGCCUGGCACAGGCGUGAGAGAGGAGGUGCCCACUGCCGAGCAGCCCAGCUCACCCUCUGGAGAGGGAGAUGGUGGAGAAUUUUCACCAGGGAGGCUGAGCAAGACCCUGGAUGGACCAGAUGGCGAUCCCUUUGAUGUGCGUGAAGAGCCACUCUCUGGGAGAAUGGAGAUCUUCGCCCUUUUCAACAAACCGAAGAGCCAUCAGAAGUGCCGACAGUACUACCCUGUCACCAUUCCUCUCCGGGUCUCCAGAAACGGCCAGGCAGUGAGCGGAUUGGAUGCCAACUGGCUGGAGCACAUGAGUGACCACUUCCGGAAAGGAGGCGUGCUGGUGAACGCGGUCUUCUACCUCGGAAUGGUGAAUGAUUCCUUACAUGGCUUGACAGAUGGAGUAUUCAUCUUUGAAGCUGUUUCCACAGAAGAUAGCAAAACCAUACAGGGCUAUGAUGCUAUUGUUGUCGAACAAUGGACGGUCCUGGAAGGUGUGGAGGUGCAGACAGACUACGUGCCCCUGCUGAACUCGCUGGCGGCCUAUGGCUGGCAGCUCACCUGUGUGCUGCCGACUCCCGUCGUCAAGACUACCAGGGAAGGGAGUGUGUCCACCAAGCAGAUUGUCUUUCUUCAGAGACCGUGCCUACCUCAGAAAAUCAAGAAGAAGGAAUCAAAGUUUCAGUGGCGAUUCUCCCGAGAAGACAUGCACAACAGGCAGAUGAGGAAAUCCAAAGGUAGAAGUGCCAGAGACAAACGACGAGCAGAAGAAAACGAGAAGAAUGUAGAAGACCAGUUUUCCAAAGCUGGAGACGUGGGAAACUGCGUGCCCCUGGGUGGGCAGCAGGAGGGCGGGGCUUCUGAAGUGAGGGUCCCUGUCCAAGAGGUCAAGGAAGAACAACUGUCCCCUGUUGGCCAGCUGUCUGUGGGGGGCAUGGAGGGCCGGGCCGUGCAGAAUGGUCCUGCCGGCCAUAGCAGGGCCCCGGCAGGGGACUGCACUGGGCACUCUGAUCCUGGAGAAGAGGCCAGGGACGGGGGUGUCGAGGAAGUUGCUGGGGAGCCAGCUACAGCUGAAGAACACUGAGUCUUGGGCCGUUGGCACUGAAGCUAGAUGAGCUGGCAAACCCGAGGCACCUUGCUGACAGCUGGUUCGGGCGCUGGUUUGCCCUGGUGUUGUGUUGCUAACUUUUGGCUUGGCUUGACCUCUCCUUGUGAGCUCUCCCGGCCCUCUGAGGGCCAGGGCCCUGACAGUGUUGGGUUUUGCACAUCCUUUGGAAAGGUGUCAUUCAUGACCCUGUGUUAGAACGCAAGAGGCCAGGUUAUUUCUUCUAGAGCUCGAGGCUGGAGGCCCAGCCCUGGCUCCACCAUUCCUCCCACAGGAGGGUUUGGACCAUCCAGUGCCUGUGUCCACCCUGCAGGGCCUCCAGGGAGCAUUCAGGUCAAAUCCAUGGACAUCCUUGGCUAUAAACCAAGGCUGUUGUUCACUCCCACACGCUGUCGGGCAGUGUCCAUCCCUUGCAGCUGCUUGGUGACUUUUAACCCCCGGAGCUCUGUCAGCUGCCCUUCUCCAACUAAACCCCUCAGAUCCUGCUGCUUUGGCAAAGAAAAUGACAUCCGGGAGAGGAGGUUCUCAAAGUAGUCCUAUAGAUACUGGUAAUCUGGAAAUAGGUAAUUCUGUGUCUGCACCUGCUCUUGCAGAAUGUUCAAGAAAGUAUUCUGUGUUAGUAUUAAUGCCAAAAAAAUUUUUUAAAGGUUUUGUAUUCAGCACAUCAUAUGAACACAUGUCAUUUUUGUCAUUUCAGGGCAUCCAUACUGGUUGGUGCCCUUAUGUGCUAUUUUAAUCAGUGUAUCAUUGGCCAAGUUGUUACCCAUGUAUGCUGUGUCUAUCACGUGUUUAUAUUGUCCAGAAAGUAUUGUUAAGGCUUUAAGUAGAUGGAACUGGCGAACCUUGGAGAGAGAAUGCCAACUGUCUUGACCAAAACAACAGCGGUCUAUUCUCUUUCUUGUUUAGUUACUUAAAGCAAUAAAUCAUCUAUGAGUUUAGCGCAUUGUGA